CAGGGUAAAAUAAAAAAUUUUCAUGAUCUUCAAGUAAGCUCUAAGAAAAUGGGAUCUGAACAAAGUUCUCAAAAUAGUAACCAAAAUGCUAAUAAUGAAAAAAUAAGAACAAGUCAACUCAGACGUGGUAAAAGCGUUCCAAAUCGUGAAAGAAUGCCAGAAGAUACUCCACCGAGAUGUACCAGUCCUGGCGCUAGCAUUUGCUCUGAUUCUGAUCUCCCAUAUAUUUCUUAUACAGUGAAUCGACCUAUUGGAGAUUCACCGAAGAUGACAAAUAAACAGUCACAAAUCUAUAGAGGAAAGAGUAUUGGAGCUGGGGAAAUCUCAAGGCGGAAGAAUAGUCUAGGCGUAAUAAGUCAUAAUCACAAGAAGAUUAAUAUAUCAGACAAGACACACAGUAUCAUAGUGGUAAAGCCAGCUCAAAUGGAUCCUACAGCAGACAAAGAUCCUGAUAUAGUAAAACUACAAAGUAUCCCAAUGUUUCUACCAAUUAUGCGUGGCACAUUGAAUCUACCACCUGGUGUACGUGAUCCAGAGAUCCUCGAGAGGCUUGAUCCUGUUGGUCUGUUCAAUCUAUGUGCACGUUACCAACAUCAUCUAAAUACAAAUGCGCAAGUUAUAGCAGCAGAACAAGUUACUCUAUGUACUAAUAUGGAAACAGAAUUUGGCAAGGUAUUACAUCUCGCUGUGGAUCGACAAAAGAAAUUCGCUAAAUUUACAGAACAAAUAAAUAAAGUGCAUGAACUUAGCCGUCAGCUAACUAGAUGUCACUCGCUUCUCAAUCAAACCCUUGAAAGUCUUGAAACGCUCAACAAUCUAUUACCAAUUGAAGAGAGGCUUGAGCCCUUUGUUUGGACUACAGGUUAAAUAUAUUCAAAUG